AUGGCGAAGGCGUCGCGGGUGCUGCUGUGCCUGGUGGCGGCCUCCGUGCUCCUCGCGCUGCUGCCCUGCGCGGUUCACUCCGCCGACUCCGCCAACGUCUCAGCGGAAGAAGCGGCGGCAGCAGCGGCGGCGGAAUCCGCGAGGGCGACAGCGGAGGCGGUGGCGAAAGCAGCGGAGAGCGCGGCGGCCAAGGACGAGGCCGCGGAGAAGGCGGCGGAGGAGGCGGCGACGGCGCGCGAGGGGGAUAAGGGCGCGGAGGAGGAGGCGCAGAGCCCGAUCCCGCCGGCGAUAGCGCAGGCGGAGAAGGCGGCAUCCGACAUUGUGCCCGACGGAGCGUGCAAGAAGGAGAUCGCGGAGUUCUGCGGCGAUCUGACGGUGGGCAAUCGGACGGUGGAGAGGUGCCUGACGGGGCAGGUGCAGCUGCUCAAAUCCAAGGGCGGACAAGGGGCAGGGAGCAUAUCGCCCGGAUGUCUACAGGAGGUAUACCAGUUCAAGAUAGAGCUGUACAAGAACAUCUCCCUCAACAACGACAUGGGUCACCUUGGCUCUUGCCUCUCCACUCUUUCCCCCCUCAUUGCCUCUCUCGCCGCUGCCCUCCCGCCCUUCGCCCCUGCGCGCACUGCCCUUUCCCCAUGGAUGGUAGCGGAGGCGUGCAGGGGAGACAUACAGCAGUAUUGCAACGACGGCUUCCUCUACCCCGAACCCGGCAACGUCCUCGCCUGCCUCAGGUGCACCGAGCCCGCAUGCCUGCCUCAGGUAUCAUGCUCGCUGGCAUCAGGUGCAAGAGGCCACGGGCCCGGUGCCAUUCCAGGUGCGCCAUGCCAUCUCAACGUCUGCCAUUCUCCCAUCGUCCCUUGCUCUGCCCACCCAUCUCUACUUCCCCACAACACCCCUCUCUCAUCCGCCCAUCCCCUCUUCCUCCCUGCACCCUCCCGCCCUCACGCCGCUCACAGGGAGACGCGGGGGGCGGGGAAGCUGUCGGACGGGUGUGGGGAGGCGGUGUUGGAGGCGGAGGAGGAUGCGGCGGGGGACUUCCGCAUGGACCCGCAGCUGCACGCCCUCUGCUCCAACGACGCCGCCCGCCUCUGCAAGGACGUCGCCCCGGGGGAAGGCCGCGUGCAGGACUGCUUGCGGCAGCACCGCAGCAGUGUGAACUGGGACUGUCAGGCGGAGCUGUUCCGCCAGGAGGUGGAGAACGCCGAUGACAUCCGCCUCAACGUUCGCCUCUUCAAAGCGUGUCUGGAGGACAAGAGGCGGUUCUGUGCGGACGUGGUGCCGGGGGAUGCACGCGUGAAGGACUGCCUGGAGGCACAUCGCCGUGACUCCGACUUCUCCACACCCUGCAAGGAGGAGGUGGAGAGGAUGAUGGAGCACCGCGCGUCGGACUUCCGCCUUGACCCCGGGCUGCGCAAGUACUGCCACCGUGACAUUGUCGAGCUGCCCCUGCCUCUCUGUCAAGCUAGUGCGCACUUCCCUUUUGCUCUUCGUCCCUAUGCUGUGCCCCUUCCAUUCCCUCUCGCUCCCUUCCAUCCCGCCUCCUCUACCCCCAACCAGACGUGCUACCCGGAUGCGGACGACAUAAGCGACGUGGCAUCAUGGGACAGCCGUGUGAUAGAGUGCCUGCAGGACUACCGGCGGGAGCUCAAGGACCCGCGGUGCCGCCAGCAAGUGCACCUGCUCACACAGCGCGCCGCUGAGGACAUGCGCUUCGACCACCCUCUGCAGCAGGCCUGCCAGGGUGAGCGCUGCACUCGCGUGGGUGGGCUGUGCUCGCUACGAAGGUGCAUGCUGCAGCACAUGUGUCAGGGUGAGGGGCAGGGCGGGAAGAGGGGAAGAGGCGGGGUGGGUGGGACGAGAGGGGUUGAUGUGGGUGGGGUUGUGCUCUCGCAGGCGAUGCGGGACAAUGAUGGCCUCUUCCUUGCCUCCAUCUGCAACCCCCCCUCCCUUGUUCGCCUCCUCAAACGCCCUCUGCCCCUCUUGCCUUGCCGCAACUGCCCUCUGCCCCUCCUUCGUCCACAUCUCACCCGUUCACUCCAUGCACAUGCACGGUGUGCAGAGGACCGCGAGGUGGUGUGUGCGGGGGUGCCGGACGGCAACGCGCGGGUGUUCAUGUGCCUGCAGGAGAACCGCCAGAAGCUCAAACCUGUCUGCCGCACCGCUCUCUUUGAGCAGGAGAUCCGGUACGCGGAGGACAUCGACUUCAAGUUCCCCAUGCGCCAGGCGUGCCAGGACGAGCUGCUGCGCCUCUGCAAGGACCAACACGGUGGGGGUGACACGAUAGCAUGUCUACAGAAGCACGAGGAGGACGAGGACAUGGGCGAGCAGUGCAAGAAGGAGGUCAAGAAGGACGAGGAGCGCAGCGCUCAUGACUUCCGGCUGAACUACAAGUUGAACCGCGCAUGCUUCAGUGACGUGCAGCGCCUGUGCAUGCACUCGUGCGAGCCCAGGAACGACUCCUUCACCGCCGCUGCUGCCCCCUCGGGCGACCAGUGUGGCGGCCGCGUGUUGCAGUGCCUCGCGGCCAACGCGUCGCUCAUCAGCAGCCCCGAGUGCAGGGAGGAGGUGGCGUACUUUGAGCGGCGCGAGGUGGGCGAUAUCAUGCUUGACGUGCCGCUGCAGCGCGCCUGUGUGGACGACAUCGGAGCGCUGUGCGGGCUGCAGCGCGACCACAGCAAGGUGCUGUCGUGCCUGCGCCAGCACCGCGCACAGCUGAAGCCGGAGUGCCGGGACGAGGAGCUGAGGUUCUCAGCCAUGGAGGCAUCGGACAUCCGCCUCACGCCCUCGCUCAUGAACGCCUGUGGGCUCGAGCUACAUGCCUUCUGCCGCGGCGUGCCGCCCAGCGAGGGCAAGGCGUUCCGCUGCCUGCAGACCAGCCUGGGCCAGGAGAGCAUGGGGGUGGCGUGUCGCUCUGAGGUGGCACUGCAGACGGUGCGCGAGUCACAGUUCUACCUUGCUGACGUGGCGCUGGCGCUGCAGUGCCAGGUGGACAUUGCCAAGACAUGCAGCGCGGCGGCCAACAGCACGGCGGACGGCGACGGGGAGGUGAUAGCGUGCCUGGUGCAGCACUACGAUGGGCUUUCGGGGAAAUGCCAGACCGAGGUGGCAUACCUGGUGCGCAUGGCGCUGUGGGUGUACCACCCCGCCAACAACCUCACCAUGCCGUGCGCAGCUGACGUCGCCGCCCUCUGCCCCAACGCCACCUCCACCAGCUCUGCCUUGCAUGCGGCGGCGGGAGUGGUGGUGGCGGCGGUGGGGCAGUGCCUGGUGGACCAGCCCUUGGCCAAGCUGAGCAGCGAGUCGUGCCGUCAGCUGGUCGCCGUGGUGGGCGUGGCGGGCGCACAUGUGGGCGGGGUCGUGGAUGAGGCCCGCCUCGAAGCCACUCUCGCUGAGAUUGCUCAGGUGAUGAGGCUGGUGCAGGUGACGCUGGUGCAGGUUGCACAGAUUGCACAGCUCCUGGUACUAUCAUUUCUGCCUCACUGUCCCACCUCGCCAUUGCUCCCCACCUUUGCCCCUUCCUCUCUUCUCCACGCCCGCACUUGCAUUUCUCCUGUACUGCCCAAUGCUCUGAACGUGCAGCUGGGGGCGUUGGAGCAGCAGCAGCAACAGGGGGAGGCGGGCAGCGUAGUGCUGACGGGGUGGACGGCGCUGCUGGCAGUGCUGGCGCUCUCCAUGCUGCUUAUUGGUGCUGGCAUCUAUGCUCACCACCACUUCUUCAGCCCCACACGUGACUACAGCUUAGUUGUGCAGGAGGGAGGUGUCAAGGAGGGGGAUGUGUGA